AUGGACAGCACCCUCCACCGCAUCCCCGUGGGCUCCACGAUCCUCGUAACCGGCGCGAACGGCUACAUCGGCUCGCACGUCUGCAACAUCCUCCUAUCGCUGGGGUACCGAGUGCGCGGCAGCGUCCGCUCGCCAAAGCCCUGGCUAACCGCCUUCUUCGACGCCAGCUACGGACGCGGCCGGUUCGAGGCCGUCAUUAUCCCGUGUCUAAGUGAGAGCGAGGCAUGGGAGAGCGCGGUCGACGGGGUGCAGGGGAUCGCGCACGUGGCGUCCGACCUCUCAAUGAACCGCGACCCCGAAAAGGUCGUGCCGCAGAUGGUGCAGGGGGUGCGGAAUGCGCUGGAGGCGGCGGCGAGACACCCGCUGGUUAAGCGGGUCGUGUAUACAUCCUCGUCCACCGCGGCGUUUAUCUCGGUGCCGAAUAAAGAGGGGGUGCGGAUUACGCGAGACACCUGGCACGAUGCGUCCAUUGCCGCCGCAUGGGCCACAGACACGCCGGACGACGAGAGAGGGUACCAGGUGUACUGUGCAUCCAAGACGCUGGCGGAAAAGGGCGCAUGGGAGUGGGUGCAGCGCAACAAGCCGCAUUUCGAGUUCAGCUCGGUCGUCCCCAACACCAACUACGGCCGCAUCCUGUGCCCGGAGAUCCCUGCGCCCAGCAUGGCCUGGACGGGCAAUCUGCUGCACGGCGACGACACCGUCAUGCGGAGUUUCCCGCCGCAGUGGUUUGUGGACGUGGAAGAUACCGCGCGACUGCAUGUCGUCGCCCUCCUCAGCCCGUCUGCGGUCGGAAAGCGACUCUUUGCGUUUGCGCAGGCGUUCAACUGGACUGAUAUCCUUACUAUCCUCCGAGAGCUUCGGCCGGAUAAUACCCAGCUCCCGCCGAGUCCUGAGAAUGAAGGAAGAGACCUCAGCGAGAUUGUCGAUGCGCCCGAAGCAGAGGCCUUGAUGAACGAGUUCUUUGGCACAAAGGGCUGGGUUGGCUUGAAGGAGAGUCUGGAGGCUGGUCUUGAGGGGCGUUGGCCCUCUCCCCUCGCAAAGAAAGUCCCCAAGGACCUUAAGCCCCGCAAGCCAUUCCCCAUGUCUGUCACCCACAUGGUCGUCUUCCACUUCAAGGAGAGCACCAGCGACGCGAAGAUCGAGGAGUCUGCUCAGAUAUGCCGAGAAAUUAUCGCCCUGAAAGAGAACUGCAUCCAUCCGAAAACGCAAAAGCCCUACAUCAAGUCCUUCGAGGGUGGGAAGGACCACUCCCCGGAGAACGCCCAGCAUGGGAUGACGCAUGGGUACGUGGCGCAGUUUGAGAGCCGAGAGGACCGCGACUACUACGUCUCCGAGGACCCGGUGCACCUGGAGCUAGGGCCGAGAAUUGCGCCGUUCGUGGAGAAGUUCCUGUGUCUGGACUUUACGCCGGAGCAGUGGGUGUGA